GAAGCGGCCGGAGGGCGGCCCCCCCGGUGCCCGCUAGCAGCGGCAGGGACGGACCGAGGCGUGGACGAAGCGGAAAGGGGGAACAGGAAAACGGGAGACCCUCCAGCCCGCCCACCCCCGCUUUCUAUUCGCUCGGGACUGAUCCCCCCUCCGCAAGACAGCGAUGCUUCGGCUGUAGAUUCCGGGCUGGCAGGGGAAUUCCGGGCGAACGAAGAAAAAAGAGCCUGCAAAGCGGAGAGGGGAGGAGGAGGAGGAGGACUCGCCCCACCCCGCGCUGUCCCUCGGAGCAUCUCGUCCGGCAACUCCUCAACUUCUCAUCCAGUUGGCGGAGCCGCUUCUACGGGGCGGCGAGAACUUCCGUCCGGGCGAGCGGGAAGCCGACCAGCCGCGAUCUUGGCGGGAUCUGGCUUGUGCGCGGCGACUUGAGCCGAGCGGGAGACGACACGUGUCAAGGAAGCCAGCCCCGCUUGAACCCGGGUUCGCGGGCCGCUUGGAAAGUCCGAGCAGGGGGUAAGAGCCGCCGCGGAGAGGCGCCUGCUCGCCCCCAUCUUCCGUCUGCCGCCGGCUGCGGAGGGGCCGGACGCUCGGCUCGGCGGCCCCGCGCCUUCUCCCGCUGCCGGUCCUGGCCGGCCUCCUCGCCCGGGGCGCGUGGUGCUGCGUGGCGGCCGGAGGGUGCCCCGGCCGCCGGCGCUCGCGGUGCGCCCAUGCCGCUGCUGCGGAAGUGGUCGGGCUGGCCGCCGUCGGUGCUGGGGCUGCGGCUGCCGCAGAAGUUCCUUUUCCUGCUCUUCCUCUCGGGCCUCCUCACCCUCUGCUUCGGCGCCCUCUUCUUGCUGCCUGACUCCUCCCGCUUCAAGCGCCUCUUUCUGCCCCGCCGUGGGGGAGCCGAGCUGGAAGCGCCCCGCAGCCCGCCGCCCGGAGCCGGGCCCGCCCGCCGCCCGCCCGCCAACGCCAGUCCGCCCGCCCCGCCGCCACCUCGUCGCCUCCGGGACCCCGAGCUCCCGCCCGCCGCGCACUCGGAGCCGGCCUCCAGGCGGACCCGCCCGCCGCGCCCGCCGCGCCCGCCGCCGGGGGAGAAGAGCGCCUCGGCGCCCCCUUUGCAGCACACGCGCGCCCCGUUCCGCUUCGACUACGCGGCGUUCCGGCAGCGCCUCCGCCACCCGGUGCUGGGCGGCAGGAGAGGCGGCACGGAGGAGCCGGACACCCGCGCCCGGCGGCUGAAGAUCAAGGAGAUGAUGAAGUUUGCUUGGGAUAACUACAAGCAAUAUGCACUGGGGAAAAAUGAACUGAGACCUCUCACUAGAAAUGGACAUAUCGGGAACAUGUUUGGAGGCCUCCGGGGCGCAACUGUGGUGGAUGCUUUAGAUACUCUCUACGUCAUGGAGCUGCAGGAGGAAUUCCAAGAAGCCAAAGAUUGGGUGGAGAAGAACUUUGACUUGAAUGUGAAUGGGGAAGCUUCCUUGUUUGAAGUGAACAUCCGCUACGUUGGAGGGCUUCUGUCUGCGUAUUACCUGACUGGCGAAGAGGUCUUCAAGAGCAAAGCUCUAGAACUUGGGGAGAAGCUUAUCCCGGCCUUCAACACACCAACAGGAAUUCCACGGGGAGUCAUCAACCUGGGCAGUGGCAUGAGCUGGAGCUGGGGAUGGGCAUCAGCAGGAAGCAGCAUUUUAGCCGAAUUUGGGAGCCUCCACUUAGAGUUUCUGCACCUCUCAGAACUGUCUGGAAAUUCAAUAUAUACCGAAAAGGUGAUGAACAUCCGCAAAGUCCUGAACAGAAUCGAGAAGCCUCAGGGGCUUUAUCCAAACUUUCUCAGUCCAGCCACAGGGAACUGGGUGCAGCAUCAUGUCUCUAUUGGUGGCCUCGGGGACAGUUUUUAUGAAUAUCUGAUUAAAUCUUGGCUCAUGUCUGACAAACAAGAUAGUGAAGCCAAAAACAUGUAUGAUAAAGCCCUCGAGGCCAUAGAAAAACAUCUUGUCAAAAAAUCAGCUGGUGGGCUAACUUAUAUUGCCGAAUGGCGAGGAGGCAUCUUGGACCAUAAAAUGGGGCAUUUGGCUUGCUUCUCCGGUGGCAUGAUAGCCCUCGGAGCAGAAGACACCACAGAAGAGCAGAAACAGCACUACUUGGAUCUAGCUGGGGAAAUAACGCGCACCUGUCAUGAAUCCUAUGCUCGCUCAGAUACCAAGCUGGGCCCUGAAGCAUUUCGUUUUGAUUCUGGAGCAGAGGCGAUGGCCACACGACUCAGUGACCGUUACUACAUCCUGCGCCCUGAGGUUGUAGAGAGUUACUUCUACUUGUGGAGGUUAACGCAUGACCCCAAGUACAGACAGUGGGGCUGGGAAGCUGUCCAAGCGCUGGAGAAAUAUUGCCGGGUAGAAGCGGGUUUCUCUGGGAUCCGUGAUGUGUACACAACCACCCCAAGCCAUGACAACAUGCAGCAGAGCUUUUUUCUGGCAGAGACGUUAAAGUAUCUCUAUCUUCUGUUCUCUGAAGAUGACAUGCUCUCGCUCGAGGACUGGGUGUUCAACACGGAAGCUCACCCGCUGCCUGUGAAUCACACAGACUUUGUCCCGAAGACCAGUGUGCAGUAGGAGCGCCUGUGCCCUCCCGGGUUCUGCACAGGCAUCUGGUGGGGUUGCUUGCAUUUUUUUUCUCUCCUUUCCAGUAAAGGAAUGCGCACAUUCCUGGAAAGGUAUUUGGGGGGGAAUUCGUCCAAUUCCGGACAGUGUUAUAUUGGGGAGUAUAAAAACUGUGAAACAA